ACAGACAGAUCUGACUAGGGAAUAUUGUUGGUCAGAACACAAUUAAAUUAUCUGUCAUACAGCAAAAUCAGCUUCUAAAUAUUUUGACUUUGGGUAAAUCGUUCAGUCUGAAGCUUCAAUUUUAUCCCUUAUCAAGAAAACUGCAAAGCAGCGACUCUUACCAGUUUUGGAGAAUAAACUCACCUGCGGCAUCACAUGGGAGAGAAAUUAUUUAAAUGCCCCAAUUUUGGGGAAAGCUUCCUGGGCCGCUCUGAUCCUUUCGAACAUCAAGCCCAAGCAACAGGCGAACUGUACAAAUGCCUCGAGUGUGGGAAAUGUUUUACUCACAGCAAGAACUUCAGCACUCAUCAGAGAAUCCACACUGGGGAAAAGCCUUACAAGUGCCCCGAAUGUGGGAAAAGGUACGGGGCCAGCUCAACUCUGAGCAGGCACAGAAAAAUCCACAUGGAAGAAAAGCCCUACAAAUGCCCCGAGUGCGAGAAGAGUUUCAGUUACAAAGCAGACCUCAUCAAACACCACCGGGUUCACACCGGGGAGAAACCUUACGUCUGUGGCGAGUGCGGGAAAAGCUUCAGCCAGAGCUCGAACUUUGUGACGCAUCAGAGAAGCCACACGGGAGAGAAACCUUACGAAUGCCCUGACUGUGGGAAAAGUUUUACUGUGAGUUCGAGCCUUAUCGAACAUCAGCGAGUCCACACGUCUGAGAAGCCCUUUUUGUGCGCGGAAUGCGGGAAAAGCUUCAACCGGAGCUCCCAUCUCAAUGUUCACCAGAGAAUUCACACAGGAGAGAGGCCCUUCCAGUGCCCCGAUUGUGGAAAAGGCUUUACUAUCCUUUCCACCCUUAGUAAACAUCAGAGAAUACACACAGGAGAAAAACCUUAUAAAUGUCCCAACUGUGAACGGAGCUUUAGGGUGAGCUCAAUUCUUACGCAGCAUAUUAGAACCCACACAGGAGAGAAACCGUACAUUUGUCCCGACUGCGGCAGAAGCUUCAGCCAAAAAUCGCCCCUCAUCGCUCAUCAGAAACUUCACGCUCGUAAGAAAACGCCGUAGGCGACUGUUCUGCGACAAAAGGUGCCGUCUGCACUGUACAUUUAAAGCAGUAUCAUACCACUUUAAAAACAGCCAUGGCU